AGUGAGCCCAAUCUCUAACGGAGAACAGGAGUAUCGUCCCGGCGGACAGUAGCGGCAGCCUUUCGGCUCGGAUAUUUGUCGUUUUCUGGAUUUAUUCCCUACAGAUAAAUUCCGGGAUGCCUUCAAAUGUACAAGGAGGGAAAGCCUUUGGACUGUUAAAGGAGCAGCAAAAGACAAAAUUGGAAGAAAUUAACAAGGAAUACUUGGAAGACCAGAAAUACAGGGAUGAAGAGGACCUGCCCGAGAAAUUGGAGGGUCUCAAAAAUAAAUAUGCUGAGUUUGACCUGAAUGACCAAGGAGAGAUUGACUUAAUGGGUCUGAAGCGGAUGAUGGAGAAGCUGGGUGUGCCAAAGACCCACUUGGAGUUGAAAAAAAUGAUCGUGGAGGUGACGGGCGGCAACAGCAGCAACUCCAUCAACUACAGGGACUUUGUCAAGAUGAUGUUGGGCAAGCGUUCAGCUGUGCUCAAACUAGUCUUGAUCUUUGAGGACAAAGCCAAUGGCUCUCCCUGCAAACCAGAAGGACCCCCUCCAAAGCGGGACAUUGCUAGUCUGCCUUAACUGUAGAAGUCAGCCUCCAGACUGCUCAGCGAAGCAGAGGGACCAUCGGCGGUGAAAUCGUUCUCUUAACAUGUGGAGUGUUGUAUUAGUGUGGGACCAGUGAUCGCGGAUGUGAUUUUUUUUUUUUUGUGACAUACGGUGUGUGCAAGGUGUUUGUUCUUCGGAAGACUGAACCCACAACUCACUAAAUGAUGUUUGACUGUGAAUAUUCGUCCUUUUUUCCCCCCCUUUUAAUUGAAAUGUAGCAUUGGUAGUCGUUCACGUAAUCUGCGCGAUGAAUUCAAUUUUGUAGUUUAGUGUUUCAUGGUUGUUAAGGGAAGACUCCAAAUUCUCCAGAGGUUGUUUUUUCCCUUCCUUGUGUGAUUUUUUUUUUUUUUUAAAAAAAAAGAGUAGGAUGCUUUUGGAGAAGCACAUGAAAAGAUGCAAUUUUUUUUUCUAACACAUUUUUGCACUGUCCUCAGUGGUCCUGGCUGGAUUCCUGCCAGGCUAAUCUUGGUCAGCGUCUCUCUUUAGAUCAGGUGCCAGAGAUUAGAGGCCCAGCCCGUUUCCUCUGGGUCAAAGUCAUCAGUCCUCGGAGCCAAAAUACUGAUCUGGAAUCAGUAACUAGGUUAUCACGGCCACCUCAUAAUCUGAAAAACAUGUUUGUUUGUUUUUUUGUAGAUGAUGUACUGCUAUUUUUCUUCUUCGUCUCUCAGCUAGUGCGAGUGAAAAAGAGAUCAUGUUGACCAUGGGACUUUGAGUUUGAAGAACAGCAAACCUGACUCCGGUUUUUAGAUCUGUAAGGUUAAGCACAUGUUCAUUUUGGAAGGAGUGUGAUUUACAGGCACACAAGCGUAACAGAUGUACAUAGCAUACACACAGUACAAUCAUAUUCUUUCCAAGUGCCUCAACAUGCAGAUACUGUAGAGCUUAAGCACACGGAUUGAAAAAGGAGAGAGUGCACACAAGUGUUCAGUUCAAGCAGUCCUCUUAGCUCACUAAUUCCAGAAAAAAAACGUGAAAUAAUGUUGUUAUUUGGUGAGAUAGUUUUAAUGUUUGUUGCAUUGUAAUAAUAUGGUGUUUCCACGACAUUCUGACUGAGUGCAGUUCACAGUUUCCCUUUUCUUACCGUUAUUUGAUUAUGUCCCAGCAAGCGUUUAACCUGUUUGUUUGAUGAUUUAACUGUUUAGGUUACCUUAUACCUGUCUUGCAAAUGCAUACACGUGUUAUUAAUUUCUCUUUUUUUUUUCUUUUUUUUUUUAAUUUCAUCAGCUAACCAGCCCUCUCUGUUGAACUGGGUUCAUUGUCCUGUGAAUUCUGUAUUUUGUGCCUCAGUGUUCCCGUAUCUCACGCUACUUAAUGUGAAUUUGGUACUUGUAGUAUUUUUAACCCACUAAACAUGUUUUGAACAAUCAUGUUGUUUUUGUUUUCAGUCUCAUAGGUGUACUACAUCUUUUAUUGUUGUUAAGAUGCACAUUGUUUGCAGACACCAAAGGAAUUAAAAUUCUUCUGACACUGGCCUGUUAAGUUUUCAAUUGUUUAUUGCUGUAAUUGAGAUCUCUGUUAAACUCUUGACUAAUUUUGAGUUUGGGUAAAAAAAAAAUGACAAGUUUAAUGGGUAUAGUGUUUAAUUGUGGUUAAUUUUUUUUUUUAUUUCACUAGUCAGCGCCAGUGUUUGUUCAGAACACAUUUACACUAUUAUGUUUAUAACAGGAGAUGACAUACUACAUUGAGAGGGAGAUUAAGUCACAGAUGCAGUAAUUCUAUUUAAAGGGUAACGUUGAUAGUUUUCAACCUGGACCCUAUUUUCACAUGUUUUGUGUCUAAUGGGAACAACAAUUUUUGAAAUGAUUAAGUGAGACCCCAACAGCAGCAAAAUGGGCUGCAAUGUAACCACUUGGGAUAUUUGUGCACCGUCUAUUUACGUUGACUUAAAGUGUUAAUUUUUGUCACUGACAGGCUCAGAUCGUUAUUCUAAGUGUCUGACAACAUUAUGGAAAGCACCCUACAGAAGUAGACCAUUUUGUUUAACCGCAAACAGCCCAAAAAUCACUAUUGCCAAACCCACCAGACUCCAUUUAAAUAAACAGUAACUGACUGUAAGUGUCUACAGGGCCAGUAUAUUUUCAUAUCUAACUGUGAUUAAAGAAUUUAUAUAAAUAAAACCAGACCUGUGAAUCGUUGAAACAGUGGAAGUCAAUUUUUGUGAAUGUUAUUUUUAUUCUGUUGACUUUGGAUGAAGUGUGUUUUAUGAUUAUAAAAUUACUGUGAAUUUAAAUGGAGUCUGGUAGGUUUGGUCACAGUGAUUUUGGGGCUGUUAAAAAGGAUUUUACUCUUUUGCAGAAAGGCCUAUCACCGUGGUGAUCCUUUUCAUAAUGUUUUCAGACACUUGCAAUAACAAACUGAGCCUGUCAGUGGCAAAAACAUGCACAAAUGUGCUGAGUAGUUACAUUGCAGCCUGUUUUGCAGAUACUAGCUGCAGCCCUCUCGCUCAGUACGGGACUAAUUUUUAAAAUAUUCUCAAAUUGUCGCUCAGACACUAAAGCAUGGGUACAAAGACUUGAGGUUAAAAAUACCAAAGUUAUCCUUUAAGGUUAAUUAAGUGGCCUUGCCUUCUAAGAACUUUGCGUUUAUAAAGAUCGGCUGUCCAUGACGCUGGGGGGAGUUUUUCAUAAAAGAGUCUCUGUGUAGUAACAGUCACAUUCCAACACGUCUUUGGCUAUCAGCCCUGAUAAAUAAGGAUAAAGGUAAAAUCCAUGAAUUUUCAAUUGAGAAAAAUCUCAAUCUCAGUUGUGCAUGAUCAUCUCCCAAUUCACUCACAGGCAGAGAUAAACAGUCUGUGAAUCUUUGGCUGUGACACCAUAUUGGAUGUUGUAAUAAUAAUGCUGUCAUUCCAUACUUUUUCUUAUUAACUCUUCAUGUUGCUUAAUGUACACGCGGCUGUAUGCAUACAUACUCUUGAGCAAUAAAUUGUUUUCAUGAAAAAGUCAAUAUCUAACAGUG